AUGAAUCCAGCGCGUACUGAGUCGGAUGAAGCCCUUGCUGUACAGAAUCUGAGGAUUGUGCUGAUCGGAAAAAGUGAAGCUGGAAAGAGUUCAAUAGGCAACGUAAUACUGGGCCGAGAUGUGUUUAAAGAGAGCAGAACCAAAGGGAGUGAGAUACAGAGAGGAAGAGUAGAAGACAGAAACAUCUCCAUCAUCGACACUCCAGGAUUCUUCAACACUCAACUGACUGAUGAAGAGAUGAAGAAGCAGAUGAUGAAGAGUCUGGAUCUCUCUGAUCCUGGUCCUCACGUCUUCCUGCUCGUCAUCAGAAUCGACAGAUUCACAGAAAACGUGGAUAAGAUCGUGAGAAAGAUUCACGAGCACUUCGGAAAAGAAGCUUUCAGGUUCACCAUGGUGUUGUUCACGGGAAGAGAGGCGAUGUCCAAACGGGAAUGGAUUGAGUUUAGACUGCACAGAAAAACCCGAGAACUUCUGAGCUUCUGUGAAGAGAAAUGUGACGUGAUCAUCCACAAAAACAAGAGAGAUAAGAAGCAGAUCGCCAGUCUGUUGGAGAACAUUGAUGAAGUGGUGAGGAAGAACCGACGAGAACAUUAUGUUAAAGAGAUCUCCCCGAAGAACAGUGAAGACGAGACGAGGACGAAACAAGACAGAACAGAGAAGAGUCUAGAGGAGCAAAUAACGAGCCAGGAGAAAGAGGAGAACAGAGCAGAGCAUCAGAUCAGAGAAGAACAGACAGAACACAAAGAACAAAGAGCAACAAAUGAGAGAGAAAAGGGAUGUUUGGAUGGAAAUCAAAGCGACAGAAAACAUGAAACGUGUCCGAUCGGCGAGGAGAAGACACACACAGCAGAAAAUCAUUCAAUAGCGUCUGAUCUGAGGAUCGUUCUUCUGGGUAAAUGUGGAUCGGGGAAGAGUUCGACAGCAAACACCAUCAUUGGCAGAGAUGCCUUCAAAACGAAUAAGAGUUUCCCAUCAAGUCCUCAAACCUGUGAGAAACAAGAAGCCGGUGUGUGUGGAAGAAACAUCUCAGUGAUCGACACUCCAGGACUGUUGGAUCCGUCGAUGACGAGGGACCGGCUGAAGGCUGAGAUUGAGACGUGUGUGGAGAUGUCUGCUCCUGGUCCUCAUGUGUUUCUGCUGGUCAUCAGACUGGACGACAGAUUCACAGAUGAGGAGAAAAACACAGUGAAAUGGAUUCAGGAAAAUAUUGGAGAAGAAGCUAUUCGUCACACCAUCAUUCUGUUCACUCACGCUGAUCAUCUGAAGGGUGGAUCAUUAGACGAGUAUAUCAGAGACACUCCAGAUCUACAGGCAUUUACUAAGAGUUUUGGUGGGAGAUUUCACUCAUUUAACAAUGAAGACAUGAAGAACCGCUCUCAGGUCACUGAACUGCUGGAGAAGAUUGAGAAGAUGGUGGAGAGAAAUGGAGGGAAGCACUUCACCAGUGAGAUGCUUGGAAAGACUGACACAGAGAAAGUCAAAGAAAGCUCAUCCAGUUGGUUGAAAGGAGUGUUUAUUUUCGUCAUGGCAGCGCUAGCGGCCGCAGCGGUUGCUCGGAGCGGCUUUGAAGGAUGAUGAACAUCUGG